AUGGCUGGCGGUGCCGCCGAUUGCCAGUUCUGGACUCGAGUCGUUGCUAAAUAUUGCACCCUCUACGAGCUCCGUGAGAAGACGCCGAUCACGGUCGCAGCAGCAAGCAAAUACUUUGCCAAUGCCCUCUACGAAUACAAAGGACAAGGGCUCUCUGUGGGAUCUAUGGUUUGCGGUUUCGACAAGCGCGGCCCCGCGAUCUUCAUGGUCAACUCUGAGGGUGAUCGCUCUCAACUCAAGGUCUGUUCUGUUGGCUCCGGUUCGCUGAACGCCUACGGAAUUCUGGAUAACCAUUGGAAGGCAAAAAUGACCGACGAGGAGGCGAAAGCGCUCGGAUGGCGCGCUAUUAUGCACGCCACUUACCGUGAUGCCGGUUCAGGAGGUGUUUGCAAUUUGGUGCACAUCACUCCGGACAGCAAGAUCCGCUACCCUGGCCGCGACGUCUCCCAGCUGUACUACGAAUUUGCCCAAGAACUUGGCCGCGACAUCGCCUACGAGCCUCACGAUGAA